CUCUGGUUCCCGGAAUAACACGUUUCUUGCAGGGACCCUCCCAGCCAGAGCGCAGUACUUCGGGGCAAACCCCAGGAAAGAACAGGGCCCAGGUGUCCCCAACGCCGGGUCCCUAUCCCCUAAAGGUGUCCGUGCGCUCCGCCUCACCGCUCCGCGUCUCCCGGCAGGUGUCCUCCCGCCGCAGCUGUCCCGGCUCCCGGCCAUGGUGGACGUGCUGGGCGGGCGGCGCCUGGUGACCUACGACGGCACGUGGGUGGAGGCCGAGGCGGCGCUGCAGAACAAGGUGCUGGCGCUCUACUUCGCCGCGGGCCGGUGCGCGCCCAGCCGCGAUUUCACGCCGCUGCUCUGCGACUUCUACGCGGAGCUAGUGGACCAGGCGCGGCCGUCCGCCCCCUUCGAAGUGGUCUUCGUGUCCGCCGACGGCAGCGCGCAGGAGAUGCUGGACUUCAUGCGGGAGCUGCACGGCGCCUGGCUGGCGCUGCCCUUCCACGACCCCUACCGGCAGAGUUCUGGUGAUGCUGAUGCUGCGGUCCAGGAAGCCCGCUCUGGUAAAGCACAGCCCGGGGACGCCCCAUCCUACAGCGCAGGGAAGAAACCACCCCUUAUCUGGAGAGCGGAAGAGGGAGACCCAGAAAGGCCGUUCAGUGAGCUGAGGACCAGGUACCACAUCGUGGCCAUCCCCAGGCUUGUGAUCGUGAAACCGAGCGGGGACGUCAUCACUGACAAAGGGCGGAAGCAGAUCCGGGAGCGGGGGCUGGCCUGCUUCCAGAACUGGGUGGAGGCAGCUGACAUCUUCCAGAAUUUCUCCGGUUGAGCUGGGGGGAGAUCUCCGGGGACCUGGACAGGUGUGUGUCACUCCUGUUGCUGCAGCGUGAACAUGACAGAGAAGAGGAGCAUCCUGUUUCCUUUCUCGAUGCUGGUGGUUUCUUUCAGAGCAGAAGCACUCAGCUGUGAUGGAAAGAAAAUAUUGCUCAGGGAAUGCCCUCCCUGUAGCCUUGUUUGUAGUUAUUUUUAUUAUUCUUAGCAUAGCUUUCUUCACAUGAGCUUAAGUGUGUUCACACUGAGCUAUUGGAAAUCUAGGCAAAACAUGUAUUUAUACAGGCUCUUCAGGUGAAAUAGCAUAUUUAUUGAUAUAUUUUCUGGAGAUGCCUUUAUUUUAAUGAUAUGCUUUCACAAGUAUAUUUAUUACUAAAGUUUGCAGAAUCUAUUUGCUUUAAUAAACAAACCUAUUUCCACCUGGA